UUUAUUAUCGCGCAUGCGCCCGUUUUUCACGUGUUGUGUGCACUGUAGUGUAGAUUAGAUGGUAUGGCGAGUUCUUCUGCUUUACGAAGUGUUUUGGAAUUUUCAAAAACUAACAAUUAUUUGUCGUAUUCGGACUCAAAUGGUAUUUUAAAAAUCUGGGAUAGUUUGAACGGUUCAUUGAAGCAAGAGUACACACCGACUUCUCAUCUGUCUGUUCAGUCGGUGUGCAUGUCCUGGGGCCCAACUGCCUCAGUCAUCAGUUCCGAGAAUUGUUUGGAGAGCCCUCCAAAGAAACGAAAAAAGAAAGAAUCACUGAAAGAAACCUUAGAAAAUCUACAGUUGCUGGCUCUAGGUACCACAUCUGGUACGAUCCUGCUUUACAGUAUCAAGCAAGCUGAUUUAUACUCUACCUUGUCUGAUGGUCAUGAAAAAGAAGUUACUGGCAUAUGCUGGAGUGAUGAUGGUUCUUCCAUAUAUUCAUGUUCAAUUGAUGAGCAUAUUGUACAAUGGGAUAUAGGGAAAUCAUCCCUAAAGCAUAAAUGGAAGGGCAACCAGGGUACGCUGCAUUCAAUAGCACUCUGUAGUUCGCAGGAGCAUCUGCUCGUCGCUGGCAGGCUCAUACAACUCUGGAAUCUUAAGACAAGACAACUUAUUCAAACAUUUUUAGGCCACACUUCUGAAGUUACGAAAAUAUUUGAAAUCCCAAAUUUAAGAAAAACUUCAAAGUCAAGUGACCAUGAUGAAAAUAUGAAGAGAGGUGAUGGUGACAACUGUGCUGAUCUAAUAACCACAAGCUCCGAUGACGGAGUAUCACCAGUUAUUGAUGGCAACUAUAUUUUAACCAUGGCUGCCGGUGAAAAUAAAAUUUGCAUCAGACAAAUAGAUGGGAAAGUGGAACGAACAAGUUCAUUGGUUGGUUCACUGCUUCUGCCAGAUGAACCAAUGCAUAUGAGCAUAUCUUCUCCGCUCAAUUCAGAUCAGGCUUUCAAACUGGCCGUGGUCACGAAGCAGGGUCAACUUGCUUAUUUUGAAUGCAUUUUAAAUGGUAAGCACAAGAAGCCUUUGAAGCCCAAGCAUAUUACAACUAUUCGAACGAAGCCUGAUGGAAAAGGACGGAACCUAGCAGUUAUGGCAUGUGGCUUUCCUCACUCCUCACUCAAACAGCAGGGAAUGUGCCUGAAUAUCUCUGAGUUGCAGUCUGAACUAAUCAGAAGAGAUCCAAAAAAGAGGAGCAAGGCUAAGAUGCAAGAUGGCCUCAUUAAAGCAAGAACUCCUCUAAUCUCGAAGGAGGCUCAUCUUGUUGGCCCUGGAAUGACUUGUCCUUUUGCUUCUAGAGUAGUCGUUCCCGAGGAAGACAUAACAGUUGACACACCGAAUAAAUGUACUUCCCGAAAAAGAAAAAAAUCGAUAGUUGUUGGUGAAGAGGAAAAGGAGGUCAAACCGGAAUUAACUUAUAAAUGGUAUUUAGACAUAGCAAAUAUAUCUGCUUUGCUGUUGAUAGUGUAUCAAAACAAUAACAACAUGAGAUUAGGUUCUUACAAAUGUAUGCUCUUAUCUACAAUGUCACUCGGCAGUAGGUUGUCAACACUUGAUCAUAAAACAGGCCAAGGUACGUCAACGAGCUCAUCAGCAUGUACACAACAACAAAGUGCUGUUCAGAAGGCUGAAAGUUUGGCAUUGUUGUUAGCACAAGGUCUUCAAAGCAACGACAAGUCCAUCCUAAAUGCGGUCCUGCAGAAGACCGACACAACUUUCAUAAGGACCACAGUUGCCUGCCUGCCACCAUCCCAUAUUAGUGAGCUCAUCAAUGAAAUUUCCAGACGAUUAUCGGGUCAUGCCCAAAGUGGCAAAAUUGCAUGUAAAUGGAUGAAGGCUCUGCUCAGUGUGCACUCUUCAUAUCUUACCACGUUGCCGGACGUUGAUGAGGUGUUAGCGCCAAUAAUGCAUUACUUAGAGGCUCCGGUUGAUGUACUGUCCAAGUUGAUGCAGUUGAGAGGCAAGCUGGAAUGCAUUGUUGGCCAGUUUGCCUCCAAAGUGGAAGUUCAAUCGGUUGGUCAACUACGUGCUGAGAAUCGUGCCAUAUGCAACAUCAAUCAUGAUGAUGACAUGUUGAUAGAAGAUGUUAGAAAUCACGUCUCUAUGGAGGACAACUGGGACGAAGCUAUCAUUUUGCCUGAAAAAACCAUUGAUACAUCCGAAACAACUACAGAACAAACAGUUUCUCCGUUAUCUUCAACUGCAAAACAAAAAAGCAAAACAAAGAGUCCAAAAAAGUCUUUGAAAAAACCCAAAACGUCAGAUUAUAGCGAAGAUGAAAUGAACAAUGUAAUGGUCAUAGGAUAA